AUCCCAAUUGUCACUUUCUCAUAUGCAGGAAUUUGGUAACAUUGAGUCUCCAAUGUAUACCAGACUUAGACAGUUUUUUUUUCCACUAUUUAUAGCAGGAUGCAGGUAAGAGCACCAUCACAGCCAGUGGUUGUGUCUAUACCAAUAUUACAUUAUGAUGAUACUGAAUCUGCAAAAGCAUCAAGACGGCAACUCAAGGAAGCUAUAUAUACAGCACUAUUUAACAUGAAUGUUCCUGCUGUUUGUGCAAUUAAUCAGGCAACUUUAGCUUUGUAUGCUGCUAGAAGAACUUCAGGAAUUGUUGUAAAUAUUGGGUUUCAAGUCACAUCAGUUGUUCCAAGUAAGGAGUGA